CCCACCCAACACUUUCAGAUCUAACCAACCCCUCUAUACAAUCCCACCCUGAACUUCAUCCUCCCCAUACCACACCACCCCACCCCCAAAUAACAAACAGAUCCCUAAAUAUUAUCCCCAUCCCCAUUUUCACUCAACAUCUAUACUCCACCAUUCAUCAUCAACCGAAUAACAUGUCGCACAACACCACCAAUCGACGCAACUUUCCAGCUCCUAGCCCAGAAACACCCAUGGAUCCCACCCAUCAUCCUAAACCCACCACCACCACCACCACUCACCCACCAGAUCCCUCCGUCACCACCGUCCAAAACAUAUCCAAUCACUUCUCUAGAUUGUACUUGAAUCAUAAAUCUCGUUCAUCUAUAAGAACCUCCACUCAACCUCCUUCUGUUGAUACCCAUUUGCAAGCUAUUUCCACAGUCUCCGACGGCUCAACCACCGCAUCUUUGACCAAAUCACAUAGUCAAAAGACCAGAAUACCCCAGAAAAGAGGAAAACCCCAUUAUUAUUAUUAUUAUCAUAGCGAUAAACCAGUUAAGGAGCAGCCUAUUAUUGAUGAAGAACAAGAAGACAACAUCAAGAGAGCCAUUGUAGUCAGCAACAAAAUACCCACCAAAAAAGCAGAAGAUUACGUGAUUUUGAAGUCACCAAAUCAAGAAAAAAGUGGAGAUGAGGUGAAAAAAUUACAACAAGGGUAUGAUAUCACAAAGCAAUCUUUAUCAUCAAUAGGUAUGGGUAAGGGCAGGAGAAGGUCAUUUGGUAGUAGCUCACAAGCUGAGUUGGCCGAUUUCUUUGCGUGUAAUGGCGUCAAAGUGGUUUCUGCUGACAUGCCUCCCUAUAUGCAAAUCCAUGUUGUUGAUGUUACACGAAAAACCUACGAUAGCUUGGAAAAGUUCACAGCCAAAACCCUUGCUUUAACUCUCAAAAAGGAGUUUGAUGGGGUUUAUGGACCAGCAUGGCAUUGUAUUGUGGGGUCAAGUUUUGGGUCAUUUGUGACACAUUCCGUGGGUGGAUUCUUGUAUUUCUCCAUGGAUCAGAAGCUUUAUGUUCUCCUUUUCAAGACUGCUGUUCAAAGAGCACAUUGACAUUGUUGAUGAAAAGGUUUUCUUAAUAGAUAUAGUGUAAAAUUUUGGCAAUCCUACCUCAUGCAUA